AUGGAGGAUGAUUAUGCGCAUCCGUACGAGGACUCCAUUGAAAAGUUUACAACCUAUGAGGACUACUUAGACAGCCAGAUCACACCUCAGGACCGCUUCUAUCUUGAAGAGGAUGAGCUGGCCAGACAGCUCGUCGAAAUUGGAUGCAGAAAGGGGGAGGUGCUGACACGAGAGGAUUUCGCAGCUAGAAGAGAAGCAGCAGAGAAUGCAAAAAAGGCUCGUUUGCAAAAUGCACCGAAGGUCCUGGCGAGUGCGCAGAAAAACCUGACCGACUUUCCAGUACUUCGCCAUUUGGCAAUGAGAGAGGAACUGGUGCGAAGCGGCAAGCUCAGCACCAUCAUCUUCAUCAGAGACAAGAAUCACCGUGGCCAGGAGAUCUCUGGCUACAUUGACUAUGGCCAUCGUCUCAAAACAGAGAACUUUGAGCCGUACUUUGACCGGAAGAAGCGACUGCUUCCCAAGUCGUCCGACUUGUCCUUCUACAACUGGGACACUCAGCAUUCGACCUCCAAUGAGAGCCCGAACUUCCAGAUCCUGCCGGACCAUGAGCAGGGCCUGCUCUUCAAGAACAAGAGAGAUCGGAAGGCACCUGGUCUGAACCUGUGUAGCCUCGUGCCAGGUGAUCAGCGUGGACCCCAGGUCCGAGCCCGGAGACAACUCCAAGCGCUUGGAGGGCCAUUGAUCCACUUGGUCCAUAUGGUCCACAUGGCCCACAUUCCAUCCAGCCUCAUAGGAACAGCGGUCGGUGGCUUCUUGGCAUUGCCGUCCUUGCUGCAGCCCCAGACUGAUGCUGAGAACCCUCUGACCUUAGACUUCUUGAUGGAGAUUGACCAAAAGAACCAAGUGAUCCUGCAACAAAUCUGCCUUUGCAUUAAGGCUGCGUCAGCGUGGCUGAACGGCUUCGCUGCCUUUGUCAGCUGCCGGCCUUUCCAGGCACAGCAGGGUGUGAGGCAAUUGUCAGUCUUGGCCAGACAGGGAGCGGCAUCGCCAGUUGCACGCACUGGGCAGAAGCUAAUCAUCAGACUCCCAAAGGCCUUUGGAUUCCAAAAUGCAAGCGACAUUCCAAAGGAGUCUGUCAUCCACCCGCUGAAAAGUCGGGCGAGGGACCAGCGAAAGCGCUUUUGGGAACUUGCUAAAGCUGGGCACAAUGUGAGCGAGGUCUUUGUUCGGUACGAAGGCAAAACACCGUGGAAGCGCAUUGGUGAGAUUGCGCACUCUCGCGGCGACUUCCGGGAAGCGAUCCAAUGCCAGUACAAUUAUCUGAUCAAACGAUCUUACAAGCUCUAUCGGAAAUUCCGAUACUUUUACUCCGGCGAAUAUCCGGUCCAGUUCGGUUACACGGACACCGAGGGCAAAUUGGUGCCUGUCGAUGAUGGGCCACUUGAACUCGGUACGGAGCCGGCGGAAAUGAAGGAAAUGCUGUACAGAAGUGGCUUUUUCCCUGCGGAGAAGCCUCGAUACUGGCGGCACAUACAGAGAAAUCUGAAGGACAAAUACGAGUCAAAGAAGGACUUUCACAGAAAGAAGUUUUGGCUUACGCGACGCAAGUUCAAUACAAGGCUGGCAGCACAUAAGUGGUACGAUCCAAACAAAUACCGCGGACGUUACAUGCAAGUGCAGAAGCCCAAAAGAGGAAUUGUUGCAGGAACUGGACCAUCCAGAUGA